AUGAGUAACUCAUUACCAUCAAUUGACCCAAGAAUUCCAGAUGCAGAGUUCUUAAAUGUGUUUAAUGAAUUUGAGAACGACGUUAAAAACGAAAUCAAAGUUGAAAAUGAAUAUCGUAUUCCGGCAAUUCUUGCUAUUUUAAUAGGAUCAAGAUCAAUAGAUUAUUUCCCAACAUUUCUUGAUGAAGCUGUUAGUUCUGGCAUUACAAUCACACAAAUCAAAGAAAUAAUUUAUCAAGGCAUUAUGUUAAUUGGAAUGGCACAUGUUUAUCCAUUCCUUAAAAUCGUUAAUGAACAUUUCAAUAUCUCUGAACCGGCAGAUCAUCAUUCUACGGUUACAAAAGAAAAUAGAAAAGAAAAAGGUAUCGAGAAAUUGAAUGAAUCAUUUGGAUUUAUAAUGAACGGUCUCCCUGGAUUAGGACCAAUGAGUGACUGGCUCAUGAAAUAUUAUUAUGGUGAAUUGUACACAAGGGAUAUUUUAUCAAUGAGACAAAGGGAACUUAUACUUUUAUGCUUUUUAUCUGUUCAUGGUGAUUCUUAUAUGGCAUUAUCUGCUCAUGUUAUGAGCAACAUUAACGUUGGAAACGAUAAAGAGUUUCUUAAGAAUGUUUUUUAUUCCCUUGUACCAUAUAUGGGAUCUGUAAAGGCUUAUAAUGCGAUAAAAUGUAUUGAUGACUGGAAAUCACCUGUUCAUUCAGAUUAA